AUGGCUAACCAGGGAAUAGCUGAUGUGGUUAGACAACUAGCUGAGGUAGUACAAAAUCUAGCACAGGCUAGGCAGAAACCAAAGAAUCUUAGGGUAAAUAGUGUGGUGUAUUACCUUAGGGGAGAAGCUGAUAUGUGGUGGCAGAGGGGAAACAACGGUGGAAACCGCAACAACAAUAACCAUAACAAUAACAAUGGAAAUGGGAACCAGUCUGGAAAUAAUGGGUUGAGGUCUUAUGUAUGCAGGCGAUGCCCCAUGAAUCACCAUGGAAAGGAUUGUGACGACAAUCUGGUGGUUUGUAGGUUUUGUAGUAAGUUAGGACAUAGAGAGUUUGAGUUUUACUCAAUGCAUGGAAAGCCUAACCAGAACAACAACCAGAAUAAGGAUGGGAACAAUAAUGGGAAUGCCAAUGGAGGUGGUUAUAACAAAGGGAAUGCCCAAGGGAAGCUGAAUGUGAUCACUAUGCAUGAAGCAGAAACAUCCUCUGCCGUCAUAGCUGGUUUAAGUGAACCUGAAAAAAUUGAGGUAACCAUUGUUACACCAACUGGUAGUAUAUUGAAAUUUACCAAGAUCCAUAAUAAUGUGUCUUUGACCAUAGCCAAGACAAUUUUCUCAUCUAAUUUGAUUGAGUUUGAAUUAGGGGAAUUGGAUGUUAUCUUAGGGAUGGAUUGGUUAGCCAUGUUAAAAGCCAAGAUUGAUUGUGAGAAGUAG